CUCACCCGCUACCACCACCACAUAACUCAACCCACGCGCACUUUCUCUCUCUCAUCCACUUCCACCUUCACCUCUCACUACCACGAUGACCUACUCUCUCUUUUGCUUGGGCAACCCGCUGCUCGACGUGCAGGUCACCAACGGCGAGGAGCUCCUCAAAAAAUACGAUCUCAAGGCCAACGAUGCCAUCCUUGCUGAGGAAAAGCACACGCCCAUCUACGAGGAGAUCGUGAAGAACCACAAGGUCACGUACGUCGCUGGUGGUGCGUCCCAGAACGCUGCGCGUGGGGCUGCUUACGUCCUUCCCCCGAACUCGGUCGUGUACACCGGCUGUGUCGGCGACGACGACCUCGCGGAUCAGCUCCGCGCAGCAAACAAGCGCGAGGGUCUCACUGAGGCGUACCUCGUCAAGAAGGGGGAGAAGACGGGUGCGUGUGCGGUUGUCAUCACGGGUCAUCACCGUUCGCUGGUCACCACUCUCCGCGCCGCCGAGAAGUUCGAAAAGUCGCACCUCUCCAGCCCUGAGGUCGCCCCGCUCGUCGACGGCGCAAAGGUGUACUACGUCGAGGGCUUCUUCCUCACGCACGGCACCGAGUCCGUUCUCGAGCUCAGCAAGAAGGCAUCGGCCGCCAGCAAGGUGUUCGUCCUCAACCUCUCCGCACCCUUCAUCCCCCAAUUCUUCCACGCCCAACUCCAAUCCGUCCUCCCCUACGUCGACUUCAUCAUCGCCAACGAAUCCGAAGCCGAAGCCUACGCCGCCGCCACGGGCCUCCCAGACCCCACAGACCUCGCCGCAGUCGCAAAGGCGCUCGCCACCGCGCCCAAAUCGAACGCGUCCCGCGCGCGCACCGUCAUCUUCACGCACGGGCCCGAGAGCACCGUCGUCGUCUCGGGCGCGGAGCCCGACGCGCCCAAGGUGUACACGGUGAGUCCGAUCGCGGACGACCUGAUUGUGGACACGAACGGCGCGGGCGAUGCGUUCGCGGGCGGAUUUUUGGGCGCGUAUGUCGCGGGCAGGACGCUGGACGCGUGUGUCGAGGCGGGGCACAGGAUGGGCGCGAUGUGUGUGCAGCUCGUCGGGCCGCAGUUCAAGUGGCCCAAGGUCCAGAUCCUCUGAUCGGGGGAUCAUGGGGAUCAGGGCUGUCGGGGAUGGACGCACGGGGGUGUAAGCGUGAUGGGCGGAGGUGGGAUGGUACCUCGCAAUUGAUCAUUCGUAUCAAUCCCGAGGCCUGAUGGGUCCACGGCACGGCUUUCAACAGCAGUUUCUCUCAAUCUGUAUCAUACAUUAACGAUGUACUACACGACGGGCACAUCACAUGGCUUUCCACAGCAUAGCGGGCAAAAUAUCAACAAGUGGUGAACGAC